AUGUCCUUUUCGGAAGAGGAAACUGAUUUAAGUGAAUCAGAAGUUGAAGACUACAGCAUUCAAUGGUACGCGAAACUUAAAGAUGGUCAUGAAAAACUUGAAGUUUCAGGUGAAGAGUAUAGCUGCCCAUUCUGUCCUGGGAAAGUCCACAAGUACAGCUUGAAGGACCUAUACCAGCAUGCUUCAGGAGUUUCCAAGGGUUCAACAAAAAGAAAAAUGAAAGAUAGGGGACAACAUCUUGGAUUGGUGAGGUACAUCGACAGUGAUGUUGACAUAAAGAAACCAUUAGGUGAAUCAAUCAAGAAGAAGGCUGAUGAUCCUACCGCAAGUGCUGGUCCAAGUGAAAAAUUUGUGCAUCCUUGGAUGGGAAUUGUUGCUAAUAUUCCCAGGAAGAAGAGAGAUGGACGUUAUGUUGGAGAUAGUGGCUCAAAGCUUAGGGAUGAUUUCACUUUAAAAGGGUUUAAUCCACUCAAGGUGCAACCACUGUGGAACAGGACGGGAUUUUCAGGGUAUGCAAUAAUAGAGUUCAAUAAGGACUGGCCAGGAUUCUGUAAUGCAAUGGCUUUUGAAAAGAGUUUUGAAGCUGAACAUCAUGGGAAAAGGGAUUACCAUGAAGCAUGUGAUAGGGGUGCAACGUUGUAUGGGUGGAUUGCUCGCGCUGAUGAUUAUGACUCAUCAACAAUAAUUGGAGAACACCUUAGAAAGAAGGCAGAUCUGAAGACUAUUGCUGAUGUUCAAGAAGAAGAGAAGCAAAGAACCUCAAUGCUUGUUUCCCAUCUUGCCAAUGAAAUUGAAGUUAAGGACGAGCAUAUUAAGGAUACUGAGAUUAAAUACAAUGAAACUAUUCAAAGUAUAAGCAAUUUGAUGACUCAAAAGGAUGAGAUGCACCGAUUGUAUAACGAGGGUAUGAGCUCACAGUAUCAUAACGAAAAUUGCGACAACUUUUUCUUCUUGAUGAUUUGA